UGUGCAUUGGACGUGCAUUUUGUGCUCGUUCUUCAAGUAGGUGAAAUUCACAAACGAUGGGUGUUUUGAAUAUUAUUUUGUCUGUUUCCUGAUAAUUGCGGAUAUUGUAGGAUUUCAUUUUGAUCUCAAUUCGUUUUGAUCAGCGCUGGAAUACUAGUUUUAGCAGUGAUCAAGAGAAAGCGUGUGUUUGUAUUCGGCCGUGUGUCACUGUGUGUAUUCACUGUGUAGUGUGUAUCUGUCUGUAUGGAUAGCAUCCGUUUUGUCAGUCAUUUCUGAGUAGUAGUGAUCAACCUCGUCAGUCAUGGAGUCUGGAGGAUUUGACAGGGACUGUAGUGCCCUAGGUGUCCUCUUUCAACAGAUCAUAAAUGACAUGAAGGGUGGCUAUCCGGUAUGGGAGGAUUUUGCAGCAAAAGCUGCAAAGUUACACACAGCACUUCGGACUACUAUCGUUGCUGUUGGUGCCUUUUUGGAGGUCUUUCAGAAAGUGGCAGAUAUGGCUACCAACACAAGAGGAGCAACUCGUGAUGUAGGUGCAUCACUCACAAGACUAUGUCUCAGACACAAGAAUAUAGACCAUAAACUAAGAACGUUAAAUAGCGCAAUAGCCGAGUGUUUAGUCAACCCUGUGCAGGAACGCCUGGAAGAAUGGAAGAAAGUAGGCAACCAGUUAGACAAGGACCAUAUGAAAGAUUACAAAAAAGCUCGAGCCGACUUAAAGAAGGCUUCAUCCGACACAGUCAAGUUACAGAAGAAAGCCAAGAAAGGCAAGCCGAGUAUCCAGAGCCAGUUGGACAACGCGAUGCAAGAAGUGAACGAAAAGUACCGGAUCCUGGAGAAUACAGAAAAGGAUGCGGUGCGGCAAGCUCUCGUUGAGGAGCGGAGCAGAUAUUGUACAUUUAUUUCAUACCUCAGACCCGUGCUGAAAGAAGAGGUUGGCAUGCUGACAGAGAUUGGUCACCUCCAGGAAAUCCUUGGGAGUCUAUCCCAGCAGUGUGCUGACCCCAAAUCCUUACCACCGGCCAGUGAACAAGUUAUUCUCGACCUCAAGGGAUCAGAUGCCUCGCUAUCUUUCCAGUUCAGGUUGCCUAGAUACAGAUUUACACCCCCCAGCUCGCCAAGCUCUCUCGGGUCAAGGAAGUCAAGCAUGUGCAGCAUCAGCAGUCUGAACAGUUCGUCUAGCGGGUCGACCAAGUCUCACUCUCCUAGUCACCACUAUAGAAGCAGGAGUACCUCACACUCUCACUCACAGCCUGAGGCGCAGCCCCCACCCGGUUCAGUACGACUGGCGAGCGUGUCGUCUCAGGACUCUGGCUUCACCUCACAAGACACAUUGUUCUUAAGGCCUCCCUCACCCUCUAUGCUGAAUUUUAAACGACAGAGUUCUAAAAACUCUGUCGGAGACAACACAAGUGAAGCGUCAAGCGAGGCCUCCACCCCAUCCUCAGAGCCAUGCCCAGGCGGGCCGGCGUCUUCAGCCUCAACCUGGACAAACUGGCCUGAACCACCGAAUCAAAAAGCCACGUCAAAUCAUGGGCCAGUCGAACGGCCGCAUACAAUCUCGUCGGCAUAUGAAAAGAAUCACAGCCGGCCCUCUCUCUCGUCGCAGACCUUUGAACCGCCUGAUCCUGGCCUUCUCGACAAGAGUGCGAAAACGCCGACCAAUAAUGAUCAAGAAGAUAGAUCUUUGACCGCGCCGUCUACGCCUUCGCAGUAUGCGCGGCCGAUUGUCACGGUCCGCCGUGGCUCCAUCAGAGACAGUCUCGUUCAGGAUCGGCCACCUGUUGGCCCGAAGCCCAAAGCCAAGCCGGUAGCAUUGCCCAUGGUGCCCACAUCUAUAGCUUACCAAGACUCGGCACCCAUAUACGUCAACAUGAGUGAACUUCAAUCAAUGGCGAACCAGCGCCAACUUGAACAACUUGGCACGGACGUCCAGUAUCACUACCCACGGAAAAUGUCAUUACCAGCACAGAGUGUGGAUUUGGCGAAGGCUAUCCGUGAGCUAGACGCGCAUACUCAUGCUCUCAGAAGUAGUGACCCUAGUGAUGUGUCCCCUGGCCGGGGCUUGCAGAUGCCAAACUCACAAGAGCUAGCCGACGCCAUACGCGACCUUGAGGCUAGCACCGCUGCCCUUCAGUCAUCAUACGAGAGUAGGUCUUCAUUACAAUGUUCUAGUGGCUAUGGUACAAUGAGCAACACCCCUGCUAAUUCUGAAGACACAAUAGCGGGCGGAGACAUAGAUUUUGAGAAGUUGGAGAUUGAAUGUCGGGAUAAGUUUUCUACCGUUCCUCGGAAUAGUGAGAUGAGUAAGGCAUACCGCUCGUUGAUGGCUGGUGGGAGGAGGCCCCAUUCUACUGCAGGUAUACCAUGUGUUCACAGCGGUAUGGCCACCUUGCGACGUGGCUCAUUGCCGCUGAAGCCGCCACCGCCCGUACGGAGAUCGUCGUCAAUGACUGGGUCGACCCCUGUGGCUCCCCCUAUGGUGCCAUUGAAACCAGGAGGUGCCGGGAGCAACACGCCCACACCUCAGGGGACUCCAACGCAUAAACGCUCACAGAGUGUAUCGAAUGAUGUGCAGUUCAACUAUGCAGUACUACGACGUGAAUUCGCUGAUAAGACUCAAUCACAUUCAUCUAAUGUUGAACGUGGACCGUCAAAUGACGCGUACGGACAGUCGCCCAAUAUGGGACGGUUUGUGGCACCUCCACCAGUUGACAAUGGGACUUAUGAUAUAACACCGACUGCUGAUGGUGGAGGCAUGCAUUCUCAUGCCAGUAUUAUUCAGAGUCUGGCCGCUAAGUUUGCUGCGUUGAACCGGACUGAUAGUCUUGAGGACUUGCCCCUGCCACCACCACCCGAGGAAUUGGCGGCAUUGAGCCACCCACCACCACCGAGUAACCCCCCACCAGUAGCCGAAAGUGGCCCUACUAACUUUCUGUCUCAAAUCAAACGAGGGGUACAGUUGAAGAAGGUUCAGUCGAAUGAUCGGUCGGCCCCGAGAGUUAAUCACGCACGUGUUUGAUACUCAUGGAGAGAUUAAAGGUUCAUGCAUGUUUCAACAUGUAAAGGUGCUUCAUUAUUAUCAUAGCUAUAAUAUAUACUUGGUGAUAUAGGAGGCCUUGGAGACCAAAGUCAAGCUUGUUUGAGGGUCUUCGACUAAAUAUACAAUUGUCAGUGUUGACAACACGAAUCUCGAUCUGUUACUAUAGUGUACACAUAUUGCAAGUUGAGUCUGACAUUGUCAAAUUCUAAACUUAGAAUUAACUUUGGCCCGACAUAUUUCAUAUGAUGAGUAUUUGAAAGUUCAAGGACGAAUACAUAUAUAAUAAUCCCUCACCGGCACUUUAUCAUUAUAUUUCCUCUUGGGAGAUGUUUUUCCCAUUCUCUGGUUAGACAUAAAGAUACUUAUUCUUCCACUUGGCCUAUCGUCCCCUUUAACUGUGUAAGCUACAUGUAUGGGUAUAUUUUCCAUUUAAGGAUGCAAGCUGUGGCUAUCUUCUCCCUUUAACUGCAAAUCUGUUGCUAUCUGCAAGUAUAUUCCCCCUUUAACUUAUUCUCUUGACUUUUCUGGUAACCUAUUGACCUGCAGGUUUUAAUUACAUGUGUAAUUGACAAUCAGAUAACUAAUCAAUCUGAUGGCUCUUCAAAUGAUCGCACCACUAACUCAUGUCUUUUAACCCUCUCAGAACGGAGACAGCCUCAUGUGUGUGUAGCAUUGCCGAGUUUAGCCAAAGAAAGUUCUACGGGAGUAGAAUUAGUUCUACAGGAGUAGAAUUCUGUUGUAUGUGAUUGUAAAGAAAAACAGUAGUUUUGCACUUGGCCUCAUUUUGAGAAGAAAAAAACAUGUUGUAAGAAUAAAUGGAGAUGUCGUUAGAUACUGUCAUGUUCAAGUAGUAGUGCAACAGACUCCUAGCAGAUGGCAGCACCAACCGUUUUUAUAAUGGCGUAUAAUACUUAGGCUGAAAAGUUUUUCCAGAAUUUUUGGUGACCACACCGGUAUUUCGCACUCGGCCUAUGUUUGUAGAAGUAGAAGAGGUGUAUAAUGUGGCACUGGCCGCAACGAAUUGACACUCAUGAAGUGUCUACUUAAUACAAUGUCGUAGGGUCAGACAUUGACGUAGGGAAAGGGUCUGCCUAGUCAGCAGGCGAUUUGUUAUGUCUGGAGAUAAAGUCAUCUAACAAUUAAUGUCCAUGUACAUGUCCUUGAACUUGAUCAAAACUAAAUCAAGCGAGGGCAUCGAUGUUUCAUUUCUUUAAACCUAUUUUAGGUCACGACUUGACUUGGUUCAAUGUCCGAGUUGUCUGUGUCAGGAUAACACUGUCACCACGGCCAUUGUCUUAUUUCCAGGUAUUGUCGAGUUUUGUUUACAUGUCUUCAGCCCGACAAGGUUUUGUUUUUGGAUCCUUUCCAGAAUUAGCUGAUCAGGGAAGUUGAAAAUUUGAGAAAAAAAUCCAAAAAUAGCAAGGAAGUAAGAUGAGUAGGUUUUUAAGCCAAGAAAAAGAACAUGGAAUGCAUACAUUCUGAGAAGAAAAAUAACCUGGGCUGCAAAACUCAUUAUUGAUUUGUUGAUUUCAGCUGGUAUCUAUAACGGGAAUUUUUGUGUCUUCAAAAUGUCCUUGAGUAUUUUAUGAUUUAUUGCAACACAGAAGUGUUAGUGAUUACCUAAUCUCCACUAAAGUCAAUAAAUUUGCUAAGAUAUAUCCCACCUUGUUUACAUUAAACCAGAGAUGAAUGAUCUUGCUAGGUUUUUCCAGAUACUUCAGAAGACAGACAACUUGUUUGAACAAACAUGUACCUGCCUAUACCUGCCUUGCUAAAAGUAAAGACACUUGAGUGAGUGCGCCGUGAUAAAAUUUGCAUUCUCAUUGUUUGGUUUUUCACUUUUUGGCCACUUUUAGGUCAUCAAUAAUGAUAAAUUUGUUUCACUUGACAUUUCAUCCCGCCUCGCCGAACCCGGCAAUCGGUGAUCAGCGACGGCGUCAUGACUGCGGCCUUGUCGGUUUGAAGUUGUCGAGGUUAAAACAUCAAACGAAUACUGUGUGGACUCUGGUUUGCAGGCAGGGAAGUGGUAUCACAUUUGGUGCACAUACAGGAAAUGAACUACAUUAGUUUUACUCUCUGUUGUCAGGUGGCAGCACUCUGGGAUGAUACUUGAGAAUUUGAGAUUGGUGCGUGACCACUUCAUUGUUCAGUGUACUAGUUCAGUUUUAGUACAAAGUCUGGUCAGCAAUCAAUAAACUCCUGAAAAUUAAAGUUCUGUUCCGAAUGACCUGUCCAGGACAAUGUACUUUUGAGUGUUGUGAAUGUUAACUCUGCAGUGGUGAUGAUGAGUACUAAGGUUGUAUGAAAAAUAUUUAAGACCAGCAGAUGUUAAUUUUUCGCUCUCGCGUAUAUAGCAGAUUGAAAGUGGCUUUCCCACUCUAGAUGGGUCAUUGUCUUUCAUAUAAGGGGAUCAAAAAAGCCUCGAGGGUUAUUAUAUAGUUCAUCAAAUGAAACAAAUGUUUACAAUAGUAACUUAUAAACCGAUUGUGUAGUAUUGCCAAUAAUGGAACCUUUUGUUUCUUUUGAGUAUAUUCAGGUACCGUUUGGGUAACGAUAUGGUUUUGUUGUUAGUUUCUUUUCCAUUGUUGGCUUCAUGCCAUUGCUGAAUCAUACUUGGGACUCUUGGUCACUCUUGAAGGAAGAAAACAAUAGUGUUCAUUGCCUUAUCGCAUGACCAGUGCAGAUUAGUUCCACAAGAGUGCUUCAUAAUGGAGAGUUAUCUUUGAAACUCUCCACUGUGUUCUUAUACAAUGAGAUACACCUGAAAAUCAAUUGCACCUACAAAGUUAUUAAAAAUGCUAAUUCGUUUGAAACUGGGAAAGAAAUGAGAACUUUCUCCUUGCUUCUUGAAGAUAAAGGCGAAGUUAUGCAACGAUAUGAUUACACAGUUGUGUUAAACAUAGCGUCAAACGUGGUGUGUACCUAUAAUAAGUCCCGGGAAUGUUUUGUUGAUGUCAGCAAGAAUUCAUAUAGACUAGUCUUUAUUUAUUCUUGAUGUCAGUAAGUCUAAAGUUUCGAUGUUUUGAUGCUACUUGUAGAUGUAGGCCUAAUCAUUGUGUACAUAACAAAUGUUAAGGAAGCAAGUUUUAGAUUUAACGUUCCUUGUCUCCUGUUGGGACGGCCUAUUUUGAUUUUACCGUGAAAUUGGCGAGCCGCUGUCACGACUUGAUGAAAAAGCAAGUGAUAUGGUCGAAAGACGGGCUACGGAGGAUUUGCUAAUUGGUUAAUUGGCUCGUCUGUGUAAGAGAUGCAGAUGGCCUAACAAGAACAACUACUAUAUUGUACAACCUUGUAUUGUGUAUGAUCAAAACGAUAUGUAUACAUGUUUUUGUUCCACUUGAUUUAAACUUGCACUAUUAUGUAAACAAAUAAGUUUUAAAUGAUCAUGAUUAUUAAUUAUAACUGAUGUAAAUUGAUAAUCAUUUUGUAAUUAAACGUUUAAUAUAACUGUAUUGAUUUUGGCUUCAGGUUAGGAGAAGCUGUUACAUUUCUGGCAUCAAAAACAGACUUUGAAAGACCAGUGCAUUUUGCUGAUGCUUGCCAAUUUCCUCUUUGCCAGGAAUGCCAUGUUUCUCCCACCUACUCAAGCACAUAAUUGUGCUCUUGUCUAUGUAAAUAGUCCAAGGCCGAGGCCUGUACAUGUUUUUGUUGUUAAAUUGUAGUGACGUCUCAUAUUUUUACCAGGCAGUUCAAUUAGUCUUCUUCACAAGUCGCUGGAGAAGAUAUUUCUACUUGAGAACUGUUUUUUUUCUUCUGAGCAGUCAGUAUAAAUGUAAUUUACUGCCAUCAAUUGUCAUUCAAUUCCUGAUCGGAUUCUUUUUUCGUAAACUGUCAAAUUUUCACACUCCUAACAAAACUUUCUAACAAAAAGAAGCUUCUUGCAAAAUGAAGAAUUUUUUUACUUCAGCUUUAUCAAUUUUUCACAAUAAAAAGUUUCAGUAAUUCAUGACCAACUUUUUAGACAAUUUAAUAUUUUUUAAAAACCAGUGUUGGAAAAUGAAGUAUUUGUAAAUAUGUAAAUGCAGUUGUCUCGCAAUUUUGGGCUUGAAAGUAAAGUAGAUGUAGGUAUUGCCAUUUUAGUGCAGAAAAGGGGUCAUCAUGCAGAGACAGGGAGAGUAAUACUGUGCAUUAUUUUUGUGGAGGAAAGGUUAAAAGUGGGUUUCUCUGACAUUAUGGAGGGACAUCAGUGACACUCGGGGCAUUUGUACUGUUAAAUUGAUCAGGAGCUAUCGUGACUUCAUACUCUUGCUCUGUAGAGCAAUGAAGAACCAGUCCUAGCAUGUAUGGUUGUGUGACAGCCCCUGACCCAUUUUGCAGUAAUUUAUUUAGUGUAUGUUAAAAACAUAAGUUGAUGACCCUCAACCUGAAAUAUUUGUAUAAAAAGAAAAAUAUUUGGUUCAUUUUGUUUGAUGUAAAUUUAGAGGAUUGAACAAAACAUGGAGUGUUCCAAUCUGCUUUCCAAAAUUUUGCUUAUCUAUUAUCAAUAUAAUCACUCUGUAGACCUUGUAAAGUAAUAAACUUGUCU